CAGGCGUAUUCUUAUCGCAAAGUUCUUCCUGUACUUACCAAAGAUUAUCAUGCAAUUGCGUUUGAUUGGCUAGGUUUUGGAUUUUCAGAUAAGCCUAAACCAAGAUAUGGCUUUGACUACACAUUGGAUGAGUAUGUGUCAUCCUUGGAUGCUCUUAUUCUUGAACUUGUAGAAGAUAAAGUUUCCAUUGUUGUUCAGGGAUACUUUGCUCCAGUAGUUGUCAAAUAUGCUAACAAUCAUCAAGACAGGUUGAAUGAUCUCAUUCUUCUUAAUUUUCCUCUGAUGGACAAUCAUGCUAACCUGCCGUCAACCUUAUCAAUAUUCAGCAACUAUUUGUUGGGUGAAAUUUUCUCCCAGGAUCCUCUCAGGGCAAGUGACAAGGCAUUGACCAGCUGUGGACUUUACAAGAUGAAGGAGGAGGACGCAAUGGUUUACAGAAGACCUGAGGAAGCAGUUGACGACCUAUGUUGGAGUGAUGAAGAAGAUACUAUCUCCAGUGAGGACUGGAAAGUUUGGACAACUGUUUGUUGGGGUCAAAGAGACUGCUGGUUGAGCUAUGAUGGAGUAGAAGAUUUUUGCAAGAGUUCAAACCAUAAAUUGGUGGAGCUUCCAAUGGCUGGACAUCAUGUCCAGGAGGACAGUGAUGAAGAACUCGGACACAUCAUUUCCAGACUUAUCAGCAGAAGGCAUUAGAUGAGAUAAUGUUUUCUGAUGGUUUGAGAUUCAAGAAUUUGGUUUCUGUGUUGAAUUUUGGGCUUCAGAGGUAUUCAUGAAUUGAUUUUUGGGCUAAGAGCUCUUGAUUGCUACCAUAUAACAUACUUAAUUCUUACUUUCCUUUUCAGUUAUUACUACAAGAUAUAUUGUACCUGCAAGUGUUAUAGGAUGAACAGGUAACCUGAUAGGCUCUUUACUCAGUCCAUACACCCCUCAUUGUAUAUGAUUGUCCUUAUAUUUAUGCUUCCAAUACAGGAUUAGUGAAAGCUUCUCACUG